GCCCAUGGAGAGAGAGAGAGAGAGAGAGAGAGAGAGACUUUAGGCUAGCGGGACACUCUGGGAACACAGCUCUAGGACAGGAGCGUUGAUAAAAGGAGUAAAGGAGGAUUCGACCUGAGAGUCAGUUUCUUACCACACAUCGUGUGACCCCGGACUGCAGGAGGAUGGAGCAGGCAUACGGGGCAGGAAAGGCCGGAGGAGCCUUCGAUCCGGGAGCGUUUAUCCAGCAGCCUCAGCCUAUCCUACGCUUCGUGUCCUGGAUCUUUUCCAUAGUGAUUUUCGGGUGUAUAGCCAACGAGGGCUAUGUGAACAAACCUGAUCAAGAGGAGGAGUACUGCAUCUUUAACCGUAACCAGAAUGCCUGUAACUACGGUGUGGCUGUGGGCUCUCUGGCCUUUCUCACCUGUCUUGCCUUCUUGGCCUUGGACGUGUAUUUCCCACAAAUCAGUGGAGUCAAAGACCGUAAGAAAGCCGUUCUGGCAGACAUCAGCAUCUCAGCCGUCUGGGCCUUUAUGUGGUUUGUGGGCUUUUGUUUCCUGACCAAUCAGUGGCAGGUGAGCAAUCCUGAAGACAAUCCCUUAAACGAGGGUGCAGAUGCAGCAAGGGCAGCCAUCACCUUUUCCUUCUUCUCCAUUUUCACCUGGGCUGGUCAGGCUUUCCUGGCGUUCCAGAGGUACAAGCUUGGAGCAAGUUCCAUUCUCUUCUCGCAGAACUACACUGACCCAAACGAGGAUGCAGCAGCACGCUCUGAUGACAUGGAGUACACGGGUUACACAGGAGACCUGGAGGCACAAGGCAGUAUGCAUCCCAACUAUGAUGGAUCUGCUGGUUACCAGAGCCAAGAGUACUAAGAGUCCUUGCGAUCAACCCAUGAAGGUUUAUUGUAAGAGCUAUAAUGGGCAAAUAUAGAAUAAAGAACAUUGCACAAAGUGGAAAUUUUUGCUGGGAUAAUGAAACAGAUGCUGGCUAUCUUAUGGUGUUUGAGGGAGCAGUAUAUGGUAUGGUAUUCAGUGACUCACCAUUGAAGGGGUUUAAUCUGGGGAUGAAUGGGUUCGACAUGGGAGGUUGUUCUGGUUAAAACAAUUAUAAAAUUCAGAAUGCAAGUGUGUGUGUUUGUGUUAAAACCAUUUUGCCUUCAGAAAAAGAAUGCAAAUAGGUGGUAGCUGGUUGAAUUAAAAAUAAAAAAAAGUUUUUUAGUGAGGUUGAAGCCUAAAGGGGAACCUUCUUAAAAUGAAAUCCCUUUGUUAUUAGUCUUAAUACUCUAUUACAUAAAUAAUAGAGUAUGAUUAAAGCACAUACAUCCUAUAUGGUGUUUACAUGGACAAAGUAGCUGAUCUGUACAAAUUUGGAAAGAAAUAAAUUUCAACUACAUUCUUCUUUCUGCAAAAAUCCAUUCCAUUCUCUUACCAUUACGCUCCUAAUGUGACAUACAGAAGUGAUAAACACUUUAAAGUAUCGAAGAGAUGGUGACGAGGAGCACAGAUCACUUUUAAUAAUCAGGUACAUAAUAUUCAACAUUAAUCCUGUAAUAUGAGUGUCACUCCUUAAUGUCUUUUUUUUUUUUAUCUAAACCUCUGAAUAUAGCUAAGAAAUCUAAAAUAACAAAUGAUGUCUAAGCAAUAAAGCUGUUAUUGAAGAAUCAACACCAAAAAUCUGCACAUUCUGAAGUAUUUCAUUCCUUUUAUACCACAGCAAUUUGCUGACGAUUAUCAUUUUUCUUAAAAAUGACACAUACAUCUGAUCUGUUUAUAGUUACAUUUAAUGUUACAAGUUAGUUCCUGUUAUCAUUUACAUUAUAGCAGCUAUAUACAAUCAGUCCCUCACCAGCCUCUAUUGCAUGUUCCUGAGAAAUGGUGAAAUGCAAACUCCUUGCACAUCAGAAAACUGAAAGGAACAGCUUUACCAGUGGCUGUUACAAAGCUCUGAGACUGGAGACUCCUUUCAAAUAUGGUAAAUAAACAUAUCCUCACAGAAAACGUCACCAUAUUAAUAUUUAUACACUUUUUGAAAAUGUGGUGCGUCCACCAUACAAGUCCAUGUGUAACUAUGCUUAUACUAUAUACUAUAUCUUUUUAUUUUAGAAACAAUAAUGUUAAUAGCAGAGCUAUUGUCAGAUAUGCUGUUAUGGAAAAUUAAUCAAUACAUUCAAAUUCAACACUGCCAAAGAUAUCCAAUUAACAUAUACAUACCAGCCAAUAUAUGUCUUGUAGUCAGUUAAACUCAUUUUAUGGGCACUUGGUAACCACAACAUCCAUCCAUCCAUUUUCUAUACCGCUUAUGCUACACAGGUUUGUGGGGAGUCUGGAGCCUAUUCCAGUGGACUCGGUGUACAAGGUGGGGGACACCCUGGACGAGGUACCAACACAUCACAGGGCACAAUCACACACAUUCACACGCUACAGACAAUUUGAAAUGCCAGUCAGCCUACAACACAUCUCUUUGGACUGGGGAGGAAACCAAAUUACCCGGAGGAAACCCUGAAGCAUGCACACUCUGUGCAAUCGGGGCAGAGGCGGGAAUCAAUCCCCCAACCCCAGAGGUGUGAGGCAAACAUGCUAACCUCUAAGCCAUCAUUGCCCAACUACACAACAUGUAUUACUAAAACUUCCUACAUUGUGUAGCACGUGCACUAUAGACCAAGCUAAUUAAAACACUUGGAAUAACAUGGUGCAAUCUAAGGACCUGUUUCUAUUUCACUUCAGAAAUUGCUGGUUAAUACAGUUUUAUUUUAAGUUCCAUUUUAGUGCACUUGAAAUAAUCAUUGUUUUUGUUGUACUGUGUAUGAUGUGUAUAUGAAGCUUAGAAACAGCAUAAGUUUAUAGGUGUAUUAUAUAUUUAUAUAUAACUAUAGACAUAGUACUAUUGUGAAACCGCGCUACAAUUUGUGUUACAAAGUGUAGUAUAAAUCCUAUGUAUUUUGGGGGCUAUAAGCAAAAAUAAUGACUGCAUUUACACUACUUAUAUGUAUCAAGUGCAAUAUCUAAGGUCACAACUGUGGAGUUUGGAUACAUGUCAUGUCGUUAAUUUCAUAAGUAUGUUACUCAAAGGGGAUAUAUUUUAAUCAUGUCUUAUAUUUUGUUGUGUUCUGAUAUUAAUGAUAUGAGCUGGUGUGUGUUAGAGACAAUAAAUAAUUUAUUGGUUGUUGUUGUAUUCAUAUAUAAAACAUGAGUUUGAUUUUGAUGAGUGAGUAACUGAGUUCACAGCGGGCAUUUCCCGGUGGCGUAACAAAUUAUUGGAUUUCUGAUUCCAGACCGUACAGUGUGCUGCGCUUUCAGAAAGAGAGAUGGUGACAUCAGUUCCUGUAUUUGCCCCGUACGUCAGGGAGCAAGCAACAGUAUAUGAUCAUACGGUGUGUGUAACACGAGCAGCUGGGCAUUCCCAACAUCUGUCAGCAACGCAAUAAGUC